UGUCAGCUUCAGAAAAUCGACAUCCAAGAUUUAGAACUAGAAGCUAAAGAUAAAUUCUAAUAUUUUUAGCUAUCUUUAAACAAACAUAUACGUACCUUUAUUCGAAUCAUCGUAUAAAUUUUAAUAAUUUCGAGCCCCUUAAUGCUUUAUUUACCUUAAUUUCAAUUCAGUGCUAAUAACAUAAAAUUACAUUCCCCUUAGUGAUACACAAAGUUUUGAACUAAAAAUCUUCACAUUUUAGGCAUAACACCAAGAUUUCUCAUAAUUUUAAAGCUGGCGUCCGAAAAUUAUCCCAAGAAGAUGCUCGAUGGGUGGUAUUGCCGUUCUAUGGCUAAUAUGCAAGCUAAUGAAGAAGCAAGUGUAAAUAGUAGUAGUGCUGUUGCUGACACCUCUCAAGCAGAUUCAAAUAAAGAUUAUUCUAGUGAAAGCAGUAGUGAUCCAGAGCCUGAACCGAAUUAUAGAGCACAAUACUUGGCUUUAAAAAAGAAAUUGAAAUAUUUGAUUUAUGAAAAUGAAUGCUUUCAAGAUGCUUUAAGGUCCAGCCAAAAAAGGUUAUUAAAAGUAUCUAGAGAUCGAACUUUUUUAUUAGAUAGAUUACUGCAGUAUGAAAAGCCUGACAGUUCUACAUCUGAAAGUGAAGAUACAGAGUCAUCUGAUGAUACAAGUUGUACAAAUACAGAUACAGUGAAAAGAAAGAAAAUGGAAGCCAAUGCUAGUCAACCAGCUUUAUCAACACCAUCUUCAAUGAACAAAGGUCUCAAUAGUAAUAUCAAAAGGAAAAGAGCAGUUGUUCCUAAAAAACCUACAAAUGCUAAUCAUCCUCAAGGUAGUACAAACUCACUGGCCAAAGCAUCACCAGCUCUUGGAUUUGGACUAACAGCAAGUGAUGGCCACAUGACUCCUGAGGAAGUAGAACGUCAUCUACAAUCUAGACAAACAUAUUUGAAGUUAUUACCUGAACGUGCACCACCAACUGUGCCCACAGAGAUGUUUAGCAAUGAUCCAUCUCUGGACAGUGAAUCUAAUGAUGUUCUGGAAAAUUCACCCAAUGUGGAGGAGUGGUUUGAUUAACAAUAUCUUACAAGUUCGAUGGAAAUUGUUUGUAUAGUACAUCGAACAUCAAUAAUUUUAAAAUUAGAUACUUUUGUAGUUUGUGACUGUAUUAGGGUUGAUAUUAUGAAAGUGAUUUUAAGAUAUGUAUACACAUUCAAUCCUGUGAAACAAUGUUCCAAUAAGAAUUGUUUUUCUGAAUCCAUGUAUCUCAUAUUAUAUUAUAGCAGUCUUAUAAAUAAAAGAGUUCUUAAAUAUGUA